AUGCCUGGUUUGCCCGGGCACGAUUCACUUGGACUUGGCUCGUCUGGACAUGAUCCCCUUGGAGGACUGGAUAUGCACGACCCUAUGAGCCAGCUCGGGCACGGGCUUCCCGGCGGACUCGGAGACCCCGUCUCACAGUUGAAACAACAUCUCCACGAUGCCGUGCAACAAUACUCACAGGACCAUGACGACCCCAGCAUGGAUGAGGACGAUCAACAGGAGAAGCUCCAUCAGCACGCACAUGUCAUCGUGUCCAUCACCGAGCAAAUUCUCGUGUAUGAGCCCAAUGACCCAGAUGUCUGUGACCUUCACAGCUGGUUCUCGCAAUGUGCAAAGGGGAAAUUUCGGGGCCACCCUGAAUUACCUCCUGACAGUCACAAAGUCAAGCACCCGAGAGAAGAUGAUGAGCCGGAUUCCGACGACGAAGAUCCGGCCAUGGACGAUCCGAGCAGCCAUGAUAUGGACCCGAGCAGCCACGAUAUGGAUCCGAGCAGCCAUGAGGAUAUGGACCCGAGCAGUCAUGAGGAUAUGGACCCGAGCAGCCACGAUAUGGACCCGAGCAGCCACCAUGAUAUGCCCAACCACGAUGACCCGAGCAGCCAUCACCACUCGAACAACCAUCACGACCCAAGUGCCGAUGAAGAUCAGGGCUGCUGUGGUGACGACGACCAGCCUGGUGGCGAUGACCAGUACGAUGAGGAUGAUUAUGGACAGUACGACCACCACAAUCACCACCACCACAACCACCACGGUCAUCAAGACUACAGCGGACAACACGACGAUUACGGCCAUGAUCAUCAACAAGGCCAGGAUGAGAGCUAUGGAGACGGAGACGGGGACGACUAUGACGAUGGCGAGAACUACGACGACGACGAUGGAAUGCAACAUGAAGACGAUGACGACCAGGGUCACGAGCACCACGGAGGUCACGGAGGUGGUCACUGGUGA